AUGGGGUUCUUCAGCAAGAAACCACAGGGACCUGUGCGCCCUCCCGUCCCGCACCAAGCGUUCUCUACUAUGCCGCACUCGGGGAUGGCCUCGCCUUAUCCUAUGGGACACGCCCCGCCACACGUAAGGCAACAUGCUAGUAUGAUGAUGAAGGGAGUGACGAGGGAUCUCACUUCGUUGAAGAGGGCGGGAGUAGUCGCACCUCAGCAUAUGAUGAUAGAGCGUUGGGUGGAGGUUUUAGGCAGGGCUCUGGAACCGAUGACCAUACUAGGCGGACCGAUGAAGGGGAUGCAAGACUGGAUGAUGGAAGUACAGUUCUUUACGAGCAAGAUCAAAGAACGAGUCUACGCCAGAAACAUCCCCCUCAACCCAUCUGAACGUCGAGCGAUCAUGGCCCACACUCAACACUGGCUCGUUUCGAGAGGAGGCGGGUGUGAUACCAGUCAACCUCAUGUUCAGAUCGUCAUCCUAGCUUUGUCCGAGAUGGCAAGGUCGUAG